AUGGCAAGAGAAAAUAAAAACAAGAACUCUGUUCUUCAGUCAGAGGUGUCACACAGAUGCAGUCUGCUUUGUCUUGGUCGUCUGAACUUCCACCGUCAGGCUGUGGGAGACAAGGUUCGCCUGAGUCAUGGAGGUCAACACGCUGAGAAGACUGAGAACACCUUCAAGAAUGGGCUGGUGUUCAGCAACCGUCCAGUGAGAGUCCAGGAGAGGAUUCGUCUGAGAGUGGAGAGGGAUUCGACCAAUUGGCAGGGAGCUCUGCGUGUGGGCUUUACCACUAUGCCACCCUCAGCCAGAUCUCUGCCCCUGCCCUGCCUGGCCAUCCCCAACCUCACUGACAAGCCUGGACACUGGGCUGUGCCUGUAAAUGAAUCCUACUGCCAAGCAGGUUCAGAGCUGGAGUUUUGGGUUUCUCAUGGUGGCAGCAUAUACGUAGCUGUCAACAACAGGCAGCACAAGUGGCUGACAGGAGUGGACCUCAGCCAGCCUCUGUGGGCCAUGAUAGACAUUUACGGGAAGACGCGCUCCAUUUUGCUCCUAGGCUCCAAAAAAACAAAGCUCCUUUGCACUAGAAGAUCCUGUCCUGCACCCGAACCCCUCAUCUCACCUGAUGCUUACAAUCACUUUGGUUCAGUUCCUGAUGUUUCAGACUUCAGACGUGAUGACUGCAUGUCCUGUCUUGACAUGGAAAUCCCAGCAGGUAAAAACAAUAACGUCUGUGUGGUGUGCAUGGUGAAGGAGGCCAGAAUCACACUGCCUUGUGGCCACCGGUGUUUAUGUAAACACUGUGACUCCAGAGUCUGUCAAGAGUUUGGCACCUGCCCGCUGUGUCGACACAAGAUCAGAGCUCCUUGCAUAACUGGUACAUCAAAGCAGAGUCAAAACUAG